AUGAAUUUGAUCCCGACAAUCGUCUUCAUUUUCGCCACUUUUUGCGACGCCUUCCCAGCUUUCAACCGCGCCAACACCCGACCAGUCCAACUCUACGCCCGAACAGGCCACUUCAUGGACGUCAACGCGAAGGGAAAAGUCCGGCAGACCCACAAGCACAACCGACUCACAUCGCUUCUUCAUCUUGAACCAGCAGGUCGCGGCCAUCGAAUUCUCCUCCGCGCUCUCGCUUCUGGAAAGUACCUGACCAUUACUCGCCGAGGCCGCGUCAGGGGAACAACGAAGAGAAACGAAGCGACUGAGUUCGUCGAAGAGCGAAUCAAGGCGAACAACUUCCUGUCCUUUGGCCUUCCAAACACGAACUGCAAACUGAUGGUUUCUCAACGCGGCUACGAAAUUUCCUGCAACAACUCGCGAGCUCAACGGAACAAGAUCUCCUUUCUUGCGAUGAGAAGCCACUUGCCAAGAGCUCUUUACGAUUCCUUGAAUCUCUGA